CACGGAUCUCGACAAUGAGACCAAUAGACAACAUAGGAAAGUAAUGACCGUCUUUGUACAUGUGUACGAGUACUAUAUAAACUAUAUUGUGCUUCAAAGGGCUACACUGCCCAAACACGCAUAUUCUUAAGGUUUUCAAAGAUUAUUUUUAAAAAAUAACGUCUAAAAAGCUCAAUUUUAUGUGUUAGUGACUAGGUCAUAUUCAUUGACAUUGUUGUUGGAUCCAAAAUAAAAGUAGGGCAGUAGACUCAGUUGACUUGACGGUGUCAACUUGACUUGAGUUGUACUUAGUCUUUAGUACUUGUGUAUCAGAAAGACUGACUUAAUAUUAUCAUUUAAUACAUUUACAGCUAACCUAUUAAUAUAACUUUAUAUAGUUUUACUGUAAAUAUUAGUGUAGCGUGAGUAAACGACAUCCAAAAUCAUCAAAAUGUCAUCUUUAAGGAGCUUAGCCAUGCCUUUUUAUGUAAAACAACAGCUACAAUACUUGCAAAUUAUGAAACUACAAUGUUUGAAAUGCUCUUCAACUUCAAGUGUUAAAAAGGUACAUAACAUACAAUUACAUAACAUGCCUAAUCUGAUGUUUUUUCCAUUUUAAUUUUAUUAUAUAAUCUUACAUGUUUUGUCUAUUUAACUUGUGGGGUUAUCCAUAAUAAGAAGUAACACUAACAUUACUAACAUCACACAUCUUGUGGGGGGUGGGGGCGGGGGUCAAGAAUUUGUUAUAUAAAUAUGUUCUAAAUAACUAUCUAAUUUUUUGUUUAAAAUUUGUGACAUUGAAAGGUUGUAAAAUAUAGUUUCAAAUAGUGUGAAUCAUUUAAGGAUGACAAUGUAGCUAGUUCACUGGGUCAAAUUUUAAAUUAUUUUAUCAUAUCAAGUCAUUCAAAUUAACAUGCACUUGUUCCUAAAACUUUGUGAGAGGACAUUGAGCACCAGACUAUACCAAAAUUUAUUAAUGAAAUCAGUAAAAAAUGUACACAUUUUAAAACCAUUCAUUGAAUUAAAGAGGUUGGACAAAAAGAAAAUGUAGACCGUUAUCAUCUUUAAAAAAAUAUUUAUGGAUUGAUUUAUAGCUUAUCUGCAAUGAUAUACUUAUAUAGUUUAUAAUGUAACUUUUUUUUGGAUGGAAAUUCAAUAAGCUGUAACUGUAACUCAUUUUAAAAAUAUUUUUAAAAAUAUAAGCCUAUAUAUCUUCAUCACCACAUGAUAUAAAAAAAGAAAUUGAAAUCCACUAAGCCUAAAUUAAAGAAUAUUUUAUAAAUCUUCUCAAUGGUUUUGUUCCACAACCUAACUUUUCCAGAACAGGAUCCCAUCGUUUGUGGAUUUUUUGCAAAUUCAAGCAUGUGGUGGGGCAGGUGGUCAGGGUCUACCAAAGUAUGGUGGAUUUGGAGGUGACGGAGGAAAAGUUAUCAUAAAGGCUAGUUCAAAAGUUAUAGCACUAAAGCAAGUCCUUCAGAAGUAUCCACGCCAGAUGUGCAAAGCAGGUUCAGGAGAAAACAGCGAGUAAGCUUAUUUUAAAUUAUACACCAAACCACCUUAAGAAAUUUAUGGUAGAAUAAGAGAAAAAAAUUGAUUACUUUUCAUUAAAAAAAAUAAUAAUGAGAAUGUUUUCUGAAUACUGUUGUCAACUUUUUGUGUGUGUUCUAUUUAUCAGUAGGUUCCAUUUAUUAGGUGAGAGAGGUGCUGACUUACAGAUCGAAGUACCUGCUGGUGUAUUGGUGCAUAAACCUGAUGGCAAGAUAGGUACUAAUAAUUUCAAUAAAUCCUAAAUUGACAUCUAAAUUUUUUUUUUAAACCUUCAAAAGUUGAACAAAUUAAUAUUUACAAUAAAAUUGAUUAGUAAUGCUCAGAUGUCAUUUAUAUAGUUUGUUUAUAAAUAUUCAAGUGAGCUUAAAACAUAACAAAUAUAUUUUUUCCCUUCAGUUGACUUGAACAAAUCAGGAGAUAUAUGUGUUGUGUCAGAAGGUGGAACAGGGGGUAAUCAUAAAACAAAUUUUUUAGGGUUGAAAGGAGAACAAAAUCUGAUAGCUUUAGAGUUGAAGCUACUUGCUGAUGUGGGGCUUGUUGGGUAAGUAGAUAUGUCUGUAAAGUUUAAAGAAUUAUACAAUAGAACUUAUUUUCAUGUAUGGAAGUUUAAAAGAUAUAAUGCAGUUCUAGUGUGCAAUAUGUUUGUAUAAGGUUUUCAAAAUAAUUAAUGAGUAGAUAUGUUAAGUUUUAGCCUUGGUACAAGUAUCAAAAGAAAAAAAAUAGCACCACCUCUUGAAUGUCCACCAUCGCUGGAGGACACUUGCAUAGCCCUGAACAUUAGUGUAGCUUCUUUAUAAAGAGAUGGUUGCCACAAUAAAAUGGCCCUUGAUUAGGUUCCUAUCAUCAUCCCUCAUUUCACCACAUCAGGGCCAAGUAGUAACCAUGUAGUACUUGUUGGUUGACUCGUAACAAGGGAUCUUCACUGACACUAUCUUGAAUACUUGAACAAUGUAGAUGUCUUGAGAUUGACUUAACAUUAACAGUGAUAUCAACAGUGCUAAUAUAUCAUCUUUAACUUAAAUUAUAAUUGAUUUUAAAAGAACUAUUCAUUUCAUUCCACUGCCUUAUUAUUAGCAUUGUGAACAGAAUGAAACAUUUAUUUCAAACCCAUCAAAAGGUUCCCAAAUGCUGGCAAAUCAACUUUCCUAAAAUCAAUAUCAAAAGCAAAGCCCAGAGUUGGUGCUUAUCCAUGUAAGUUUAAUGCAUUAUUUAGGAUACUUUUUUUUAAAUUUAGGAUAUUUCAUCUAAUUUAGGAUAAUUUAUUUAAAGCUUAAAUGACCUGUCUGAAAAAACUUGUUAAAUUUUUUUUUUUCUUAAUAUAUUAUAAGCUAUUUAUAAUAUUUACAGGAGAUUGUUUGUACACUAAGAUUUAAAUUAAUGUUUAUGUGUGUAGUUAAUACUUACCAUAUUCUGGAAAAGAUUUUAUUAAAAAAUUUAAUUGAUUAAUUCAAUUGUCUAGUUUUUCAAAUAAAUCUUCCAGUAGUCAUUUAAACAAAUGUGUCAUGUGUUUCCUUUCUCCAGUUACUACUUUAUCACCUCAGUUAGGCAUUAUGGAAUAUGAAGAUGGGCGAAAGGUGAGGAUGAUUAAUUCUAAAUAUCAUUUUCUUUAUACCAUCACAGUGCAUGUCUUUUUAAAAAUAGAGUAAAAAUAAACCUAUUUUAGUAAAUCAAAAGUUCAUUUUGCACUAUGGCAACAGUUAGUGCGUGAUCAUAACAUUUUCUGGAAUGAUAAUUGUUUUUCUUUCUUUUGCAUUCUUUUAUUGGUUGUAGGAAUUAAAUAAUUCAUAAAUAAAGGGAACAUUUUUGUUGUCAUCUCCAGAAGAAAAUAUUACAAUUUCCCUGUUUUCUUUCUCCAGAUAUCAGUUGCAGAUUUACCAGGUUUAAUAGAAGGUUCUCACAAAAAUUAUGGAAUGGGCAUUAAAUUUUUGCGACACUGUGAAAGAAACAAACUUCUCCUUUAUAUUCUGGACAUCAAUCCCUUUCAGCUAUCAUUUAACAGUCCAGAAAGAUCAGCAUUUGAAACACUUUUAUUACUUAUUCAGGUAAUUAUCAAAGUUUUUGAUAAAGGAAAAGGCUGGUUGAGUAAAUUAACAAAUAACAAAAUGUUUUUUUUUUUCUAUAGCAUUUAGAGUUCCUUUGAUUUGGCACCAUUUUGAGAUUUAAUUAUCUGCUUAAACUUUAAUAUCAUUAUUAUCAUAUACAUUUUUAGUAAAGUAAAAACUGAAUAUUUCAAAUUUAUCAUUACAUUUUCUGCCUUGUUUUCUUUUUAUGUCACACUUUAUGCACUUUGUCCCUAUGCCUUUUGUGAUUGGUUUCAAAUCAUAUUCGCGGACGAUACACAACUUCAUCAAUCCGUGAUGCCCUCUCAGUUCCCUCAAGUUCUUAGUAUGACACAGAAGACAGUGGAGUCAGUUAAGCACUGGAUGACCAUAAACAAGCUCAAAUUGAACGAUGAAAAGACUGAGCUGAUCCCCAUUGCCACUGCUCAGAAACAAAAAUCUGUAAAAAACACAACAUAACUUACUCUCUCAGGUAUGCAGAUUGAGUUUGCUCAAACAGUGCGAAACAUGGGUGUCUACUAGACAGAACACUAACUAUAGAAAUUCACGUUAACAUGCUUUGCAAGGCGAUUUUUCUAGAUCUGCGCAGGAUUAGUCAUAUCAGACCUUUCUUAACGUUCGAAGCAUCAAAGAGGCCGAUGUCUGCAUUCGUGUUAUCACGCAUGGACUACUGCAAUGCUCUCAUGGUUGGUCUCCCAGCUACGCUCCUGGAUAAAAUUCAAAGAGCACAGAAUAAUGCGGCUCGCAUUGUUCUUCGCAAACGCAAAUUUGACCAUGCUAAAACACUUCUGAGAGAGCUGCACUGGCUGCCGGUCCGCGCUUGCAUAGAGUACAAAAUUGCAGCUUUGUGCUACUGCUGCUUACAUGACCUGGCGCCGUCCUAUCUCAAAGCACUCAUGAUGCCUUAUGUACCCACUAGACAGCUCCGCUGAUCCCAUAGUGGCAAAUUAUCGAUACCAUGUGUUCGCCUUGAGACCUACAGAAAGCGAACUUUUCCAUUUGCCGACCCAACAAUUUGGAACGCCCUUCCAGUCACUCUCAGAAACAGCCAGACACUGGAGUCCUUUAAAACCGAUUUAAAAACACAUCUAUUUCACAAUAGAUGCUAUCUACCAUCUUUUUCCAGUUAAUGUAUAUUGGCUUGUGUUGCUUAUGGUUGAAAUGGGAUGUCAGACUUUGACUUGGUGUGCUUGUAUGUAGUUUUAUAUUGUUGCGUCUGUUUUUAAAUGUGGUAAAUUUUAAAAUUGUUUUUAUUUCUCUUUUUAAUGUGGUUGACUUUGUACCGCGCUUCGAGCUUUUGGGGAUGAAGCGUGUUUUUCAAAUAAACUUUAUUAUUCUUCUUAUUAUUAUUUUGUUGGGCAGGAGUUGGAUCAGUACGGACAUGGAAUGUUGGACAAACCUUCAGUUUUGGCCCUCAAUAAAAUAGACACAGACUCAACACAGUCACAUGUCAAGCAACUGUUGGACCUUGUGAAAAACUUACCAGGUAUCUAAGAAAGCUGCAACUUUUUUUAAAGUCAAAUAAACAAAGUUGAUGCCCACAGCAGCCAGGUCAUCCCAUCAGGUUUACUAAGGUUUAAGAAAAAAUGUAAAAAAAAAAAAGAAAAGAGCUACACAAGACAUGACAAUAAAUAACAAUAUACGCUAAGCAAUAAUAAUAUGACUAAUACAAACAAAAGGUAGCCACAAUAAAAUAUCACCUGGCCACAUCUUACUAAAAAUAAUCAUAAUAGCAAGGGGGAUGAAUCUGUCGUUUCCUCAAAGCUAAUAUUUGAAACAUGAAACAAUACUUCAAAAAGGUUCACAUCUACCAUAAGUUUUUUUAUUUUUGAACAGUAAAUCUAGAGCAGUAAAAAUUUCAUAUUUGACCCACGAAAUGUGUAUGUUACAUUUCUGUACUGUGCUGGCAAUUUAGAGCUUUUUGGGUGUCCUUGGAAAAGGAGAUUUUUCACAUGAAAAUAUUAUAGCUAGACCCGAUAAAGUAUGUGUUUCUUAAAAGUAGACUGAGUGGGGUAUCAUAUUGGCUAUUUUGUUAAUGCUAUUUUAUACUCUAUGACCCUGACCUUGAUGUGACCAAGAGUAAAGUAAAUAAUGAAAAGUUUUAUUUUCAAGUACCUCAAACUACAAUUUCUAAAAGGCAUAUUAUUAUAAUGUUUAUAUAAUAUGAUAGCAUUUUUAUUUAUCUUUCAGAAAAUUUAUUAUUGUAUAUGUUUCGGUUAUUAAUAGAUUUCUUCUGAAAAAAUUCUUCUAAUACUUAUAAUUACGUUCAAGUAAACAAGCAGAACAUAAACAAUAUAAACAUUACUAAAUAGCAAAAAACAGAUAAAAUUUAAAAAUCUGCUAUAUAAAAUAAAAUCCAUAAAAUGAAAUAUAAGAAAAAAUACAUAGAACUACAUCCAGUUAUUUUUUGUUGGUACAAAAUUAUCUGCAAUAUAGUUUCGAUUGAAUCCUGUUGCUACUCGUUCUAGGUCUAACUUGUCCGAACUUUCGCUUUCUAAUUUCUAACCACUAUAAAAAUAAUCUGAAUUAUCAUUGUCUUCGUGUGUCAUGGGAAAUUCAUCUUCCGAAUCACUUAAGUCAUUAACUAAAAAGAAUCAUCAAAAAGAUUCCUAACUGAUUUAUUUUGUAAGCCAGUUUGUCCAACUAUGGCUUAAUCCAUUUCGCGAAAAUGUACUUACACAAAUUUGCUAGAUCGUUGUAAAAAAUAACUCCAAAGUUUUAAAAAAAAGGACACAGAAUAGCUAAAACGGAAGUUUAUUUAUUAUUAAAAGGAAGUACUUUUAUUUAGUGUAAAAUUUUGGACUGGCAGUUGUUCUUUCAACGCAAUUUUUAUCGGUCAACACAGUGCAGGAAGAGAAAAUCGGCUGACCACAGUUUAUGGGUUAAGGUUAAGCUCUUGAGAUGAGAUCAUAAUCAACAUAAAUUUUCCUCAUAUGCUUUUUAAAUUAACUGCUGUCAAGUUUUUCUAACCUGCUUAUUUUUACAAUGACCCCUUUUGAUCAAUAACAUUUUUAGCUAAAUGAUUUAUCCACUCAGUGUUACAUUGUAUUAUUUUUCUUAUAAAUCAUUCAUUUGUUGGUAACCCUGUUUUCAGAUUCCCUUGACAAAGUUCCCGAAGAAUUUCAUCCGACGAGGUUGCCGGUAUUCGAAGACAUCAUUGCCAUGUCUGCCAUGAAAAAAGAGAACAUUUCAGCUGUCAAGCAAAGGGUGAGAGAAGUCAUGGAUGACUACGCUGAAAAACGGAGAGCUGCAGAGUUUGAGACCAGAAAAGCUCUGAUGGAUGCAACUGAUGAUGACAGUGUUUAUAAGGAGCAUUUAAAGACUGUUCUUGUGUAGUUCACCAACAUAACCUCAUAUUAUUUUCAUGAUGGCCAGGAUUUCGCUUGUAUCUCCAGUCAUCAUAAAUAAGGCCGAAUGGACUGCAGCUGUGAUAAGAAGUUAUUUGAGAUGUUAGAAACAGAGAUUGUUUGCAAUUUUUGUAAUUAAAAUUUACAGUCAAACAGAAGCAAAGGAGUUGCAGUUAUUGGAGAGAAAAAGAGAGUGAGGAAUUGUUGUCACCUAGUUGCAAACCCAAAAAUUAUUAUAAGACAUAAGUAUUUUAAACUUGGCACCUUUUGUGUAGGUUUCCAUCUAUCAAAAUACACAAUGCUCUAUGUAAUGAUGUCACUACCAGAGGGUACUGAUUUCAGGAAACAAAAUUUCAGAUAACUGCGCUAAAUAAAAUCUUUA